UCUAGCAUCGUCAGAGGGCGAGCGGCUGCCUCGUUAAAGCUUUAGAGACGAACACUGCCUAAAGCACCGUGUUUUACAUGGUUACGGGAAUAUACCUCACGUAGGAAGGCCUUUGUCUCGUGUGUGUGUGUGUGUGUGUGUGUGUGUGUGUGUGUGUGUGUGUGUGUGAAUGCGUCGGAGACCAGCCGGAGGCAGAGGAGGGAGACGCCGUCUAGCUGCGUGAACAACAUGGCUCUCGUGCAGCAUCCCUCCCGCCUGCUGCUGCUGCUCGCUGGUCUCGUGCUGCUGAACGCGGUUCACCGUGCCGGAGCACGAGCUCUGCCCAUAUCGGACCUGAAAACCAAAAUGACGGGCGUGGAGGAGCUCCUGGAUGAAUUCCGCAAGCAGCUGCAGCAGGACCAGACGUACAGGGCGGGCGAGGGGCUGGACUCGUGCGUGGGCGACUUCAACGCCGUCGGGGAGCGCAUCAUCCGGGCCAAGGCCUCCAUCGAGCAGGGGGCCACCUUCCUGCUGGCCCCGGGCCGGGUGUACACCUGGAAGGACUGCCUGCACGCCUGCUGCUCGCAGCCUCACUGCACCGUGGCGGUGGUCCAGCAGGACCUGCGGCAGCCCGGGGACAGCCUCAGCUGCUACCUGUUCAACUGCACCUACAGGAGCAGAGACGUCUGCAGCUUCGCCCCGCAGCAGGGCUUCACCACCUACAGCCGGACCCCCAACACCACGCAGGGGCAGCUCCCCGGGCCGGCCGGCGGGUCGGCCAGGGGGCCCGGGGAAGGACGUCCGGAGGAGGAUGCACAAGAUGUGGAUGAGCCUCCUCGCAGUGAUGCUGGACAGGAUGUGGUGAUCCAGCUGCCCACAGACUGGGCCGUCCUGGAUGGACGGGACAGCGUGGACGACCAUGGGAUCACCAACUAUGAAUGGACGCUCGUCAAGGGGGACACAGCCAUCAAUAUGAAGGCGACUCAUCCAGGGCUGCUGAAGAUCAGCGGUCUCCAGGAGGGAGUCUACUCCUUCCAGAUGACUGUCACUGACACAUCGGGCCAGAAAAGCUCUGACAACGUCUCUGUUACUGUGCUGGCACCAAAACACCAAGCAGAAGUUUGUACAGGUCUCUGUUCAAAGUACCAGUUCAAGUGUGAUGACGGUUGCUGUAUUGACAUCACCUACGCCUGUGAUGGGAAGCAACAAUGUCCAGACCGCUCUGAUGAAAUCUUCUGCCCAAUCUUUGACAGCAACAGGAAGUCAGUGACCCACCCGGCGGAUCUGUCAACCCUUCAUCGACCCGUAGACCAGCCAGAGGAGGCAGAGGAUGGCUCCAUGCUCCAGACUGGGCCCAGAAAGACCUUUGAGAACAUCAUACCAGCUCAGGACAGGAGCAAGGCCGCUCUUCCACAAAGUCCAGGUCAACAGGAGGCUUCAGCCAGUCAAGAUCCAUGUGCCGCGGCUCCAGUUGUCGGACCCUGUAAAGGCACCUUCCCACGCUGGUACUAUGACCAAAAGGCAGGAGAAUGCAAACACUUCCUGUAUGGAGGUUGCCAGGGCAACCAUAACAACUUCCUCCAGGAAUCUGACUGUGUCAGUGAAUGUAUACAAAAAAGUCCAGCUUUCAAACCAGCAACUGUGGCUCCUCCAAUCACCAAACAGACUGAGAUAGCUGCCCCAAAAGUAUCCCAGAGCCAGGCAGAGAGAAACGCCCCUGUCUCCAAACCAUUUCCAGUGAUAGGAGGGCAUCCAGUACCAGAAUCAGGUGCAAUCCUUCCUCUGGCUCUCGGCCUCAUCAUCACUGCUCUUCUGCUGCUCAUGAUUGGCUGUCGUCUCAAAAUUGUUGGACACAAGCUGAAGAAAGCACGACCCCUCACCACAGAGGAGUCCGAUUACCUCAUCAACGGCAUGUACCUGUAGCCAAUCAGCCGUGGGUAGAGAUCUGAGAAAGAGAAACGUGUGUUGGUCGUUGCCGGAGCCUGAGCCACAGCCAGAGCCGGAACUUUCUUGAAUUUGCACGCUGUGUUUCCUGCAGCCCAGUGUCUGUAAUUUGUCCUCAUGUCAGGUUGGAAACAGCCCAACUCUUUCCUGUCAUGAACGUCGCCACACUGAACCCCUCUGACUGGUAGAUCCACUGCUGAUAGAUGCUGCCUAUAAAGCCAUUGACACACAUUUAGAUGCUUGUUAAUUCGUAUUUCUGCUGUGUGAUUUUGAAUCCACAAUGGAUGAAUCGACAUUUGAUACUGAGAUACUUCUGUCUGCUUACCCCAAUUACUUCUGGGAUACAUACAGUACAAGAGACUAUUUUGUGCCCUUUAUUAAAAUUCCCUAAAACGCAGGUUACCUUGAUAUCAAACCUUAUUAAUUGCACGACUAGUGCUGCACAAAAAUAUGCUGUAUUUUUGCCAGUGGGGGGCACUAAUGUGGCAUGCAUGUGCUGCACAUUUUACUUAACUUAACUCGUCUGAAGGGCGGAAACGUAACACACUGGAGUGCCUGUUAGUGCACUUUUCUGACUGAAUAGGAAUCAGCAACAAAUUAUUAUUUUAAGUUUCUAAGAAUAAUAUUAAGCCAUAGUAAAUUAU